GUUGAUGGGGUUAGGUUUCUGGAGGAGGGCAAGGGUUUAGUUGGAGGAACGCAAAUGGAGGAUGUAAUUAGGGUAAUGGGUGUAAAAGAAGGGGUUGAUAGUAAAAUGGAUGAUAAGGUCAGUGAAGUUUCUGCGGAAUUGAUUGUGGAUGUGAAUUCAGAGAGGGUUAGGGGAGCUUAUAGAAAAUCUAGGGUUGAGGAAAGACCGACUGGGGAGGAUGGACAGGGCUCCUGGGAAGUUAUGGAGUUGGUUGGAAGAGUGCUUGAUGGUAAUUUUGGAAUGGAAAAAGGAGAAGGAAACUUUAAACAUUUUGGAGAUGAAACUAGGAGCAAUCUUCUUGUGGAUUUGAAUGAAAAACGUGCUGUGAUUGGGGAGGCUGUAUCUGUGAACGAAUUUGGCAAUAAAGGAACUGAGUUUGACAAUAUAUUGGACGAGCAGAAGUUGGAUUUGCACGAAGAAGGAGCUGGUCUAAGUUGGGAGGCUGUAUCUGGUAAUGAAAUUGGCAAUAAAGGGACAGGGGUUGACAAGAUAUUGGGUGAACAGAAUUUGGAUUUGCGUGAUGAUGAAAGUGGCCUAAAUGGAAAACAAAAUGUGGUUAUUAAUGAAAAGGUGCCAGAUGGAAAUUCUAGAAAUUCCGAGUUAUAUAAUGAUAAGACUGGUUUCCUGGUGCCUAACAGAAGUGGAGAAGGAGGUGGUCUUAAUGAAAAACAAAGCGUGGUUAUUAAUGAACAGGUGCCAGAUGCAAAUUCUAGAAAUGCUGAGAGAGAUAAUGAGAAGCCUGGUUUGCUAAUACCAAAAACACGUGGAGAAGGAUCUGGUCUAAAUGGAAAAGAAAACUUGGUUUGCGAACACGUGUUAGAUGUAAAUUUUAGAAAUGCUGAGGGAUAUGAUGGGAACCCUGGUCUGCUCGUGCCAAAAACACUUGGAGAAGAGUGCAUAACAGAAAAGGAAGGAGAAUACUGUGUCUCGGAUCUAGUGUGGGGCAAAGUAAGGAGCCAUCCCUGGUGGCCUGGGCAGGUAUUUGAACCUUCGGCUGCAUCAGAGAAUGCGAUUAAGUAUGUUAAGAAGGACAGUUACCUGUUAGCAUAUUUUGGAGAUCAGACAUUUGCAUGGAACGAGGUAUCAAAGAUAAAACCAUUUCGUAUGCACUUCUCUCAGAUGGAGAAACAGAGCAGUUCCGUAGCAUUUUGUCAUGCUGUGGAUCGUGCCUUACAAGAAACUUCAAGACGAAUCGAGCUUGGUCUAUCAUGUUCAUGCUUGCUAGAGGAGGCGCGUAAUAAUAUAAAGACUCAUGUUGUUUCAAAUGCCGGUAUCCGGGAAGAAUCAAGUAGAAGAGACGACAGGGACAAUUUAUCUAGUGCAGCCACAUUUUUACCUGCAGAACUGGUUAGGUACUUAAAGGUAUUGGCUGAAGCUCCAAAAUGUACAACUGAUAAAUUGGAAUUUGUGAUAGCAAAAGCUCAGUUGCUGGCCUUUAAUCGAUGGAAGGGUCGCUAUCAGCUUCCUGAUCUACAGGAGUUUGGUGAAUUGAUGGAGGAUGAUUCUUAUGUUACUGUUAUGGGUGAUGAAAGGGAUUCUCCUGAUGUGAGGGAAAGAGCACUUCCAAGUUCUAAGGUUGCUCAUCAAUCUAAAAGGAGAAAGUCAAUUCCUCAAGAUGGUUCUACUCGGAAGCGCAAGCACCUCUCAAGUGACGAUGAGUUGCCAAAUGAAAAAGAAAAAUGCACGUCAGACUUGAUUUCCUUGAACAGCUCUAGAUUACGAAAUGGCGAGAAGAAAUCUGGAAGGAAGGCUAGCAAGAAGAUGGGCAAUUCUGGUGUAAAACGUGAACACGUUGAUUCUAUAUCAGGUGAUUCUAAUGUGGAAGGAGGGAAGGGACUUUUGCCACCCAAUGAUAAAGUGUUGUCGCAGCCUAACUCAUAUCUUAGAGUUGGAGAACGUGUAUGCAGGGCUAUCAAGUCUGGUGAUGGAAGUUCUACUCAAUCUGUUAGUAAAAGUGGUGGAAAACGUGCAACUGGUGUUCUUUUGGGUUUGACUGCUUGUUCUGGGAAAUCUCAAAGCGAGAAAUUGAUUCCAGCUAAGAGCCCUUCUCCACAUGAGAUUUUUUCAAUCCUAUGCAUGGCUGCAAAAGAUCCCAUGAAAAAGUCUGGCUUAUUGACUUCAACUGUAAGUAUGUUCUGUGAGUUCCGGAAUUCUACUUGUUUGGAAAACAAUAAUACACAAAACCAUCAAAAGCAUGAUGGGAAGCAUAAGGAGAAACUACCGUCCGAUUUGGAGAUUGCAGAUAUAUCUGGAUUUGAAGGUAUAAAGGACUCAUAUUGGACAGACAGAAUUAUUCAAAGUGAGCCAGAGGAGAAGAUGAUAUUUGAACCUAAGAUCCCUACGCCGAAGGUUGCCUCUGCUGCUGAAACUGAAGCUAUUGUUGGUAUGAGUGCAGUCUCGGACAAUAAACAAGAAAGAGAUGCUGUCAUUCUGGAUUCGGAAACAGACAAUUUAGCUGGUCUCGUGGAUGAAAAAUCCCAGAAAUAUUCUCCAACAGCACUGAUCCUCAACUUUACGGAUUUAGAAUCUAUUCCUUCAUUAGCAAAUCUGAAUGAGAUAUUUAGCCGUUAUGGACCUUUGAACGAGUCAGAGACUGAAGUUUUGAGCAAAAGCAAGCGUGCAAAAGUGAUCUUCAAGAGUCGAGUCGAUGCCGAAGCUGCUUUUAGUGGUACCGGGAAAUUUAGUAUUUUUGGGCUUUCACUUGUCAGUUACAAACUCAACUAUUCGCCAACACCGCGCAAAGCUCCUACAUCUUCUAGGCGAAACAGAAAGCAAUGUCAAUGAAAUACGGUGCGCUUAAAAAAUGGUAAUAAAUUGAGGUACUUCCUAGCAUUUGUCAUCUUUUGAAAAUAGGUUUUACUAGGUAGAUUCGGCUGCUGAUAUUGGAAAUAGCUUGCACAUAGAUGAAAAUUGGCAGUUGACCUAUUGUUUCAUUUAAAAUAUAUCCUUAGAGAGUAGACUCAAAGAAUGUCAGAUCUCUGUCUGAUUGUAAGAGAAAAGUUUUGGAUUUAAACAAUGUGGAUGUUUUUGAGAAUUCAUUCCCAUUUUCAUAAUGGAUGUUAUAUGGGUUUGGCA